CAAAACAAAACCAAAUUCUUGAAGAAAGUUCUUUAACUGCCAUCUCCACCACUCGCGCCAUGGAGAUGGAGCUGCUAAUCAUUUUAUCAACGGUAAUUCUUUCACUCUUCAUCUCCACAGUCUCCGGCGCUCAAUUUCUCACCGGAGAAUCCAAUCUCCGGCUCCGACCACCGGGCCACACCUUAUGCAGUCAACUCAUUCAACCCGCCGGUUAUCCCUGCACCGAACACACAAUAGAAACAAAGGAUGGUUAUUUACUAGCUCUUCAACGAGUAUCAUCACGUCAUGCUGAUAUCAAAAUGACACGUGGCACUCCUGUUUUGCUUCAACAUGGACUCUUUAUGGGAGGUGAUGCGUGGUUUUUGAACUCUCCGGAGCAGUCAUUAGGCUUCAUUCUUGCAGAUGCGGGAUUUGAUGUGUGGGUUGGAAAUGUGCGUGGGACAUUUUGGAGUCACGGGCAUGUAUCUUUGUCAGAGAAAGUCAAGGAAUUUUGGGACUGGAGUUGGCAGGAAUUGGCUCUAUAUGACCUUGCAGAAAUGAUACAGCAUGUAUAUUCAGCAACAAACUCCAAAAUCUUUAUUGUCGGGCAUUCACAGGGGACAAUCAUGUCUCUGGCAGCUCUUACUAAGCCCAAAAUAGCAGAAAUGGUUGAAGCUGCUGCUUUUCUGUGUCCAAUAUCAUACCUGGAUCAUGUAACUGCUCCGCUUGUGCUUAGAAUGGUUAGCUUGCAUCUUGAUCAGAUGGUUCAAGCCAUGGGCAUACAUCAAUUGAACUUUAGAAGUGAAGUCUUAAUAAGCCUCUUGGAUUCCAUAUGCGACAAUGGCAUAGAAUGCAAUGACUUGCUAUCUUCCAUAACAGGGAAAAACUGUUGCCUUAACAGCUCUCGUGUGGAUUUCUUUUUUGAAUAUGAACCUCAUCCGUCAUCAGCAAAAAACCUGCGUCAUCUUUUCCAGAUGAUUCGUCAGGGUACAUUUGCACAGUAUGAUUAUGGUCUGUUUAAAAACCUGAAGCUGUAUGGUCAAGUGGAACCCCCAGCAUUUGAUCUUAGUCUAAUACCGAAGUCAUUGCCAAUAUGGGCGGGCUAUGGGGGAAAUGAUGGUUUAGCAGAUGUGACAGACGUUGAGCACACACUCAAAGACUUGCAAUCCAAACCCGAGUUGCUUUAUUUGGAGAGCUACGGCCAUGUAGAUUUCAUCUUGAGUGAACAAGCAAAAGAAGAUGUUUACAGACAUAUGAUUGGAUUUUUCAGGUCAUUGAGUAAUUCUUGAAAUGGCUUAUUAUAUUAUAUUGUGAAAAUUACUGUUAUUUAUACGUAUACUUCAAUGAUUAGUCGUGUGCAUAAAUACUUAGGGACGUGCUUUUCCUGUUUUUGUAUAUACACAUAUAUCAAUAACUUAAUUUAUUGUAAAUUCUCUUAUCUUUUGUUUGAAGGUCAAUUAACUAUACUGUAAGGCAUGAGAUCUCAUUACAAAUGUAUUACUGUAAAAUUUAGAUGUCUUCUU